AUGAUUAAUGAUGUAAGGCUUGUAAUGGAACAGCUUGAAGAACAAUUGAUAACGCAAGUGGAAAUCGAUGAUGGACAUUUGGAAUUCUAUAACUAUGAUGAUAGAGUUAAUAAUAGUUUGGCACUUGAACAUCUUUUGGAUGAAGUGGCACUCUGUACGCCUCACAUAAUGCCCAGCGGGAGUUUCGAACAAGUAAACUAG